UAAUCAACUUAAUAAACACUUACCACCACCAAUCCAAACAAUCAACUCAUUUAGUUUUCAAAUCAUGUACUCUUCAUCAGAGCCAAGUGAGCAACCACCACCAUCAGACGGCCAACCAUCAUUAGCGUCUUUGCAAUCACAAUAUGCCGUCGGCAUAUCGGCUUCCGCCAUGAUGUCAACACACAAAUGGUCCUCUGGCCUUUGUGAUUGUUGCUCUGAUGUUUCUAUCUGUUGCUUAAUAUGUUGGUGUCCAUGUAUUCCUUUUGGCCAAAUCGCCGAGAUUGUAGACAAGGGAAACACUUCCUGUGAUGUCCAUGGAGCCCUUUACACGGUAAUUCUUCUACUUACUGGAUGCCAAUGGAUAUAUUCUUUUAUGUAUCGGUCUAAAAUGAGACAACAAUACAUGUUGUCUGAGGAACCCUGCAACGAUUGUCUUGUCCAUUGUUGUUGUGAGCGGUGCGCCAUAUGCCAAGAGUAUCGUGAGCUUCAACAUCGUGGGUUCGAUAUGUCUCUUGGAUGGCAUGGAAAUAUGGAGAGGCAAAAUCAAGGAAUCGUGAUGCCACCUUUUGCUCAUACAGAAAUGAAACGUUGAUUAUGUUGACAGUUGAAAAAUCCUUAAAUUAUUAAAUACAUUAAAGAUUUUACAUAUUAUAUAAAUAUGUUGUACAACAUGUGGUUUGUAUUAUUCCUUUAAAAAUAARUAGUUUUUUCUA